GUUGGAAAGGACAUGCCUAUAGACAACUUGGGUGAGCCACUGUACAGUGUGACGCUGGAAGAGGGCGACUUGUUGCUCAUACCGCGAGGGGUCAUACAUCGGGCUAGGGCUUCACAGGAGCAGGGCAGUUUACAUAUAACAGUUAAGGUACUAAAACGACACUUUCUUGCUGUA